AUGGAGAAUGAUUUUAAGAUGGAGUCAUCAUCUACCUUUGUUCUUCAGAAUUCUUCAGACACUUUGUUUUCUAUUCAGCUUUUACAUUUCAAAACAAACUUACUGGAAGCACUAGAAGAAUUACGUAUGAGAAGGGAAGCUGAAACUCAGUAUGAAGAGCAGAUUGGUAAGAUUAUUGUGGAGAUGCAAGAACUCAAGUGGCAAAAGGAGACUCUUCAGAAUCAAAAGGAAGUAUUGGCAAAACAACACAAAGAAGCAAUGGCAGUUUUUAAAAAGCAGUUGCAAAUGAAGAUGUGUUCCUUGGAAGAAGAAAAGGGAAAAUAUCAGCUUGCUACAGAAAUAAAAGAAAAAGAAAUAGAAGGAUUGAAGGAAACAUUAAAAGCAUUACAGGUUUCCAAAUAUUCUUUACAGAAGAAAGUGAGUGAAAUGGAACAGAAAGUCCAGCUACAUCUUCUGGCUAAAGAAGAUCAUCAGAAGCAAUUGACUGAAGUUGAGAAAUACUAUACGACAAUAACAGGUCAAUUUGGACUGGUAAAAGAAAACCAUGAAAAGUUAGAACAGAAUGUACAGGAAGCAAUACAGUUAAACAAAAGACUUUCAGCCUUAAAUAAAAAACAAGAAUCUGAAAUAUGCAAUUUAAAAAAGGAACUAAAAAAAGUAACCUCAGACUUGAUAAAGUUCAAGGUCACGUAUCAGCAUAAGAUGGGAGAAGAAAAUAUCAACUUAACAAUUAAAGAGCAAAAAUUCAAAGAACUUCAAGAAAGACUCAAUAUGGAACUGGAAUUAAAUAAGAAGAUUAAUGAAGAAAUGACUAGUAUUCAAGAAGAAAAGCAGGAUAUCAUCAUUUCUUUUCAAAACAUGCAGCAGUUACUUCAGCAGCAGACUCAAGCAAAUACUGAAAUAGAAGCAGAACUGAAGGUGCUAAAAGAAAAUAACCAGACCCUUGAAAGAGAUAAUGAGCUGCAAAGGGAGAAGGUAAAAGAAAAUGAAGAAAAGUUCCUUAAUCUUCAAAAUGAGCAUGAGAAAGCAUUGGGAACUUGGAAAAAGGAAGUUGAAGAACUUAGUAGAGAAAUCAAUAAGAUUAAAAAUGAAUUUUCAUCACUUAAAGAAACUCAUAUUAAAUUACAAGAACAUUACAAUGAGUUACGUAAUCAGAAGUUUGAGGAAGACAAGAAAUUUCAGGAUAUUCUGGUAGUAAAUACUGAAAAUAGUGAAAUGUCAAUGGAAAAAUCAGAAAAUACUAUGAUAGAAAAGUAUGAUUCUGGGCAAGAAAUAAAGGAAGAAACUACUGUGAGUUUUUGUUCAUAUACUGAAAAUGGAGAAAAGGAGAAAAAGAAAGAACACCUAUUUGUAGAACAAAACGUAGAAGAUUUGCAGCAUUUUAAGAAAAGUUCCAAGAAUGAACCUCAUUCUGAAACUCAGAAUGAAAAUCAAAGUGAAAUCUUGCUAAGCAAAACCCUUUGCAUAGUAAAAGAAAAAGGACAAAUCUUCACUGCUACUGACUUUGGUCAAGCAGUUAAUACAGAAGUCAAUGACAAGAUGUGCUUGGAAAAAGAUAAUGCAUGUACAGAAUUUAAAUCUCUAAGCAAUUCUUUUUUAAUAGCAGAUACAUCAACAGAAACAGAAAAGACACACCUAGAAAGGACUGAAGGAUUAGAUCAUCAUGCAGAUGUAUAUCCAGAAAUUGAAAACAACAGAUCGUUUAACAGUAUCAUAAAUAAGAUGGAUCACAGUUCAUAUCAUAAAAAUGUUUGCGAAGAUGAACCAUUUAAACAAUUGAGAUUGCCUACUGGGACUCAAGAAAAUACUACAGAGGAGGAAAUAACAAAUAGCGAGGAAGCCAAAGCAGAUUUGGAUUCAUCUCUAGAUGUGAAAAACAAUCUUGUUCAGUGUCAGAAAUACACUUUCCAAGAGUCAGGUAAUCUUAUGCUAGAUGACAAACAUUGUAAAAUAAGAAAAAUGCAACAGUUAAGUAAAAAAAGUGAGUGUGGCAUAUUGCCAUUUAAACAAACUUUAGAUUUUCAGCAAGUCUGUAUUGAGACUUCAAAGAAGCCUGAAAAAAUUAUUCCCUGUGAUACAAUUAACCACUCUACUUCAUCUGCUGCUCUCAGUGAUAAUUUGAAAGCACUUAAGAAUUCAGAUAAGGAUGUUAAUAGUAUGUCUGUGUUGGUGAAAUACAACUCAAGCCCUGAGGAAAGAACUAUUUGGAAAAAUCAGAAUGAUCUGCAAAACAGUCAAUGUAAGAACUACUUGGGAUAUUUAGAAAACAGUGUUUCUUAUCUUGAGGUUAACAAUGAGAAUAUACAUGCUUCACAAACCAAAGAUAUGAAAACUGCUGCUCACACAAAAACUUCCACAAAAUCACAGUUUUCUAACAAAGACAGUCAGAUUGAUGACAAUCAGAUGACUAAAGCCACCAAAAAAGACUGCUUCCAUUUUGUUAAUGAGAGCCAGCAUACAUUGUUAAAUAAUAGAGAGAAAAAAGCAUCUCUAAGUGACACUUCAGGAGAAAUUUACAGUGAAGGACAGCUUGAAGAAUCAUGUUCAUUUCACAUAAAGCCAUCUGGAGAUUUAGUAAACAGAAGUGGAAGGUCAGCCUUUGAUCUUUCAACUUCAAAUAAAACAACUGAGAAAACUCCAAUACAUAUGAAUUUUUUAGACCCCAGUCCUUGGUCAAAAGUAAAUCAAAUUGAAAGUCAAACAGUGAGCACUUCAACUUCUAGCAUUCCUUUAUUGCUAAAGGAGGGAGCAGUAGGUUCAUCAGAAAACACAGACAUUAUUUCAGGGACACUUUGUAAAUCUAAUGUUGUGGAUGAUGUCAAGCAUAUUGGAUCAGAUACUACCAGCAUUAACAGACUUGCUGACACUCUGAAUAACUCAAGUAUGCAUCCAGAUCCCAAGAGAGAGGCCAGUGACGAGAGGAAUGCAAUUGCAAAGACUUUUUAUGAUUCUUCUUUUCCCACAGAACAUGUGAGAACAAAGACUCUGAAAUCAGCUGUGUCACAAAGCCAGUUUCAGACAAUCAAGAUUAAAGGUAGCACAGACAUGGGUGCACUUUCUACUGGUGAAGAUGACUGGCAGAGCCUGGUAACAAAUCAGAUCAACAAAAUUGAAAAUUUUCUGAGUUUAGAAAAUGACAACCAACCUAAAAAAAGAAAAGCAGAAGAGAUGUUGGAAAAAACAAAAGAUUAAAGUAAUGUUGACAGAUGUUUUUAGUGUAAACUGAUUGUGGUUUACUAAAAGCAAUAACCUACAUGUGUAGCUGUACAGUGGGUUGUACUCACUUUUCCAGCCAUUUCUGGUGUGUUGCAGUAUUAACCUUUUGCACAGCAAAUGCCUCAAUUAAGACAGUCUAUAUUUGCAAAUAAACUCCAACGCCCCUUAGAACUGGCACUUCACCAUAUCUCCUUUCAUCAGAACUCCUGUACCUUCAAAAUGCUUUUUUACAGAACACAACUUAAAAUACAACAUAG